AUGCCUCUGAAAUUCGAACUUGGUCCUGGCCGGAUGAUUGGGGGUUCUAACCCCUGUUUUAUUAUUGCAGAAAUUGGACAGAACCACCAGGGAGAUAUCGAAAUAGCCAAGAAAAUGAUCAAGAUGGCUAAGGACUGCGGGGCAGACUGCGCCAAAUUUCAGAAGAGUGAGCUUGAGUAUAAGUUCAACAAGCGUGCUCUGGAGCGUCCGUACAACUCCAAACAUUCCUGGGGAAAGACAUACGGUGACCACAAGCGUCAUCUGGAGUUCAGUCAUGAACAAUAUAGAGAGCUCCAGAAAUAUGCAAAGGAGGUUGGAAUCUUCUUCACCGCUUCUGGAAUGGACGAGAUGGCUGUGGAGUUCCUGGAUGACCUUGAUGUGCCCUUCUUCAAAGUUGCCUCAUGCGAUGCCAACAAUUUCCCCUGUCUGGAACUGACUGCAAAAAAAGGACGGCCUAUGGUGAUAUCCAGUGGGAUGCAGUCGAUUGCGACAAUGAGACGUGUCUAUCAGACGGUCAAGGAGCACAAUCAGAACUUCACCAUCCUACAGUGCACCAGUGCCUACCCAUUGGACCCUGAGGAUGUCAACCUACGUGUCAUAGCAGAAUACCAGAAGGAAUUCCCUGAUAUUCCCAUUGGAUAUUCCGGCCAUGAGAGGGGAAUCAGCAUCACCGUGGCAGCAGUGGCGAUGGGAGCAAAGGUCGUGGAGCGUCACGUGACCCUGGACAAGAGCUGGAAGGGCAACGACCACGAAGCGUCGCUGGAGCCUUCUGAGCUGACAGAGCUGGUCAGAGCCAUCCGCCUUGUGGAGCGGGCCCAAGGCACGGGUAUCAAACAGAUGCUACCCUGUGAGAAAGCCUGCCAUGACAAGCUGGGGAAGUCAGUGGUGGCCAAAGUGGCGAUCCCUAAAGGCACGGUGCUGAGUAUGGAUAUGCUGGGGGUGAAGGUGGGCGAGCCGAAGGGCGUCUCUCCUGAAGACAUGGGUCAGCUGGUGGGCAAGGCCGUCACAGAGGACGUGGAGGAGGAUGGGAGCAUCACUCCACAUAUGGUGGACGGCUACAACAACAAUGGCUGA